AUGGAGAAGAACUGGGAACAAAUGGGGAGGACCAAGAUGACAAUUGUGAUUUUGCCAGCAACUGGUGAUUCAGUACUAAGAUACCAUGCAGAACUUGGGGCCACAAUUUUAUACGCACUUUUUGGGCCACUCUACCUGACCUUCCUGCACUCCGGAAGCCUGCAGAGAAGAAUGGAGAAGGAACUCCAGUUUAACAAUGGUUCUGGGAAUACUUUUCAGGAUUCUUCAAGAAAAAAGUGUGCCACUGGCAAUUUCUCUGACUGUCUUGAAAGAAAUCUGGAGUCAGAUUUCGAGGACCAAAUGUGGGAUGAUUUUGAGGAUCAAAAAGUAAGAAGGGCUCUUGACGAGGUGCUUUGUUGCUUACGGGUGGCGAAGGCAGAAGGUGGUAAGCGAGCUGGAACUUCACCUGAAAGACAUUUGGAAUCUCAAGCUCGUGAUUUCCAAGAGCAGCCAACCACCGCUAGUGGGGAGGACAUGCAGGUUUAUGGAGGAAAACGACAAAAAAGAACUAAGUGCCAUCGCCUGCCUGGAAAGUUCCUGAAGCUUCUUAAUGAAGGAAUCAGUGUUAGCAGAAGGGCAUACGAAUCCUUGGCAGUUGCUAAUGCUGUAGAACUCCUUAAGCUUGUAUUUUUGAGCAUAUCAACUGCCCCUGAGGUGCCCACUUUGCUGGCAGAGACUCUGCGUCGUUAUUCUGAGCAUGACCUAUUUGCAGCUUUUAAUUACCUCAGACAGAAGAAAUUCAUGGUGGGUGGAAAUGGCAGUCAGCCCUUUGUGCUAUCUCAACAAUUUAUGCACAGUGUUUCAUCUUCUCCAUUUCCAGUGAACACUGGAAAGAGGGCUUCUAAAUUUGCUAGUUGGCUGAGUGAAAGAGAAAAAAGUCUGAUGGAAGAGGGGAUUCAUCUUAAUGCUGAUUUACAGUGUGGUGAUAUUUUCCAAUUGUUAGCUUUAGUUUCUUCAGGAGAGCUGUGCAUUUCACCACGCUUGCCGGAGGAAGGUGUUGGAGAUGUUGAGGAGAAGAGAAACUCUAAAAGAAAAACUUAUGAGGAUGAGAUAUGUAACAAUGAUCAAGCUAAAAAGCCUGCUGAGGGGGAAUGUAGCACCCGCAGAGAGAAAGGUUUUCCUGGUAUAAAUGUAUCCUUAAUCCGUGCAGUAAUUCCGAGAAUUGACUGCGGGAAAGUUUCCAAUGAUGAAAAAACUCGCACAUGUUCAUCUCGGGUCGAUGAAAAUGACCAAUCCUUUUGUACGGCAACGGGUAUUGGUGGCGAUGUCUCUUUUAUUUCCGCGAAGCUAAAUUCACAAAAUGAUGUUGGCGAUUCGGCUGCAUCAUCAGUGACAGUCGAUGAAUCCCCAUGGAAAGCUAUGGCUGAUUAUGGUGAAUAUUUGAUGUCCAAUCUUUCUGAUGAGGAUCGAGCGGGACCUUUAUUUCCUGAAAUCUUCCAGAAUCUUCAUUCUGCUAUUCUUAAAUCUGGUGACCAAGGGUUGAGCAUGCUGGAAAUUUCCAAAGUUGCAGCUAUUAGGGGGGAAAAGAUGGCUGAACUUGUUGUAGACGUGCUUCAAGUAUUUGGAUCAGCUAUGAGGGUCAACGGAUACGACGAUGUUCAUGUUGUUGAUACUUCAUUCCGUUCAAAGUACUUUUUAUCCUCUGCUGAUGGUCGUUAUGAGAACAUAAAGUCUUCCCCACACAGGAAGCGUCCACGGAUAAGUAAUGACAAUUGUUUGGCAACCUCCCAAAAAUAUUGGGAAAAGGAUGUUACUAACAUGGAGUCUGAUGUUGUGCAUAAAGUAACUAUGCUCAAUCUACCCGAAGACGUUUAUCAACUCUCGGUUGAACGUCAACCUCAUGAAGUAAAUGUUACAUUUCAAGAUUCUGCGCAGGUCAGAGUUGUUUCUUCAGAACAGCAGACAGAAAAUACCGAAUGCACAAUGACUUCGAGUGAUUCUCAUUCAUUUAGACCCAUAUUGCCAUGGAUAAAUGGUGAUGGAACAACUAACCAUAUUGUCUACAAGGGACUUAUACGGCGGGUCCUUGGAAUAGUGAUGCAAAAUCCUGGUAUUCUAGAGUAUGACGUUAUCCAGCAGAUGAACACAUUGAAUCCUCAGAACUGUAGAAAGCUGUUGGGGCUGAUGGUUCUUGAUAACCACCUUAUUGUGAAGAAAAUGUACCAAACUACUUCGGCUGGGCCUCCUGGAUUACUGAGCCUCUUCUGUAAGAGUUUCAAGAAAUCGGAGUCCAUAUAUAGAGAGCAUUACUUUGCAAAUCUCAUGAGUUCCUCCCUCUUAUAGGAAAUGCUCUUUCCAUGUAUCUGAAUUUAUGUUUCUAAUCAAAAAGAAUCUUUCGGCUGUUCAUAUUA